AUGCUCAAACAGCGCAUGGACGCUGGGCAGCGUGUAGGCGCAGAUACUACACCUCGUCGGCGACAAUGCUGCCGAGCUCGGCUGCCCGGCGGCCUUCCCCGGCGCGGAUGCGGCGAGCUCGGCACCGUGGGCAGUCGUCAGGUGCUUCUUGAACGUGUCGGGGCGGUAGAAUGUAAUCUUGUUGCUGUCCUCACUGUCUGGGCAGACGCCACAUAUUAUCGUGCCCUUGAAGUGCGUGAGGACGUGGCGGUUCCGGUCAUAUUUGCGGGCGAAUCCCUUUCUAUAGUACUCGCAGUUGCGCAUGGGGCACUUCUCCGGCCGCUCGGUGCUAUGGGUCAGCAGGGGCAUGUAUACAGUGCCCUCGCCUUGGUUUCUGAUCCAGACGGCGAAGACAUGGGAGUGUCGUUCUCCAUGAUCCACGCAGGACAUGCCCCGGGUCUGGAGAUCCUCUGGCAACUGAGGGAGUGA